CUCAUAUGUCCUGUCCAAGCAAACAAACAAGACUGCUUUCACAGUCCUGGGUGACAUAGUGAAAUGUGGGAAGACGGACAUUGAGACCUGCCUAAGAUCUGUAACCCUGGUGACUCCAGAGUCCACGAUGAUCGUAAUCGAGGCCAGUGGAAGGGUCUUUGUCAACAAGAUGUUUUCUCAGAUGCCACUUUUCAUGGCGGAUGUAAGGAUCUUUCAGCCCUCUACGUUCUACAUCGUUGUGCAUACCUCUUAUGGGCUCCGUCUAGAGGUCCAGCUAACACCUAUAAUGCAGGUCUACAUCGUAGCUAGCAGUUCACACAAAGAAAAAACCCAGGGUCUUUGUGGAGACUUUAACAGCGUCCGCGCUGACGACUUCAGAACCAUCAAUGGACUGGUGGAAGGAACCGCUGUGACGUUCGCCAACACGUGGAAGACCAAAGCAAGCUGUCCUGAUGUGGCACAGAGCUUUGAGAUGCCAUGCAGUCUGAGUGUAGUGAAUGAGAGAUAUGCCAAGUACUGGUGCUCAAUGCUGUCGGAUAGUGAAGGAAUAUUUUCCCAAUGCCACACUGAGAUCAACCCAAAUUACUACAAGGAAAUCUGCCUAUAUGACAGUUGUAACUGUGAGAGGAGUGAGGAGUGCAUGUGUGCUGCGGUCUCCUCCUACGUCCAUGCAUGUGCUGCUGCAGGCGUCCUGCUCAGUGGAUGGAGAAACACCACCUGUGGGAAGUACUCCUCCAGCUGCCCUGACACGAUGGUCUAUGACUACACCAUGACCAGCUGUGACCGCACCUGUCGUUCACUGAGCCAGACAGACUUCACCUGCCAGUUAGACCAUGUGUCUGUGGACGGCUGUGGCUGUGCCGAGGGAACCUAUCUGAAUGACCAGGGAGAGUGUGUCCCUGCCUCACGCUGCUCCUGCUACAAUGGAGGCACAGUAGUGCCCCCUGGAGAGGUCACCAGGAUCUAUGGGGCUACAUGCUCUUGCAGACAAGGGAAAUUAAGCUGUACUGGAAGACCACAACAUUUAUCCUGUGAAGAACCAAUGGGUUUCUUCAACUGUUCUAGUGCAGGGCCCGGAGCCAAGGGCUCAGAGUGCCAGAAGAGCUGUCAAACACUAGACAGUCACUGUAUCAGUGCAGAGUGUGUGUCAGGCUGUGUAUGUCCUGAUGGUCUGCUGUCUGAUGGAAACGGAGGAUGCAUCAAGGAAGACCUAUGUCCCUGUUCUCACAAUGGAGUCUAUUACCAACCUGGACAUGUGCUCAAAGUAGACUGCAAUACCUGCACUUGCGAAGGCAGAAAAUGGCAGUGUACCAAUAAGCAGUGUGAUGGGACGUGUGCCAUAUAUGGAGAUGGGCAUUUCAUCACUUUUGAUGAGGAAAGGUUCACUUUCAAUGGAGAUUGUGAAUACAUUCUUACUCAGGACUACUGCAGCAACAAUCCAAACGGUACCUUUAGAGUGAUCACAGAGAACAUUCCCUGUGGAACCACCGGCACCACCUGUUCCAAGGCCAUCAAGCUCUUCUUGGGGAGCAAUGAGAUCAUACUAGCAGAUGAAUCUGUAAAAGUGAUCAAACAAGAGAAUGGGGUAGACGUGCCAUACCAGGUCCACUCUAUCGGUCUCUAUGUUGUUGUUGAGGCUGGAAAUGGCCUGAUCCUCAUGUGGGACAAGAAGAAGAGCUUGUUCAUCAAACUCAGCUCUACCUUCCAGGGCCAAGUGUGUGGUCUGUGUGGAAACUACGACGGUAAUGGAAAGAACGACUUCACGUCCAGAAACCAGGAAGUGGUUGUUGAAGCUCUGGAGUUUGGGAACAGUUGGAAAGUGUCCCCCAGUUGCCCCAACGCUGAUGUCAUAAAAAACCCAUGCACUUUAAGAUCAUACAGGCAGUCCUGGUCUCUGAAACGCUGCAGCAUCAUCACCAGUAACGUUUUCUCAGCCUGCCACUCACAGGUGGACCCCACGCCAUUCCAUGAUGCCUGUGUGAGGGACUCGUGUGCCUGUGACACUGGGGGAGACUGCGAGUGUUUCUGUACAGCUGUAGCAGCCUACGCCCAGGCCUGUAACGAGGCAGGGGCUUGUAUCAAGUGGAGAACACCAGAUAUCUGCCCUCUGUUCUGUGAUUUCUACAACCCUAUUGGUGAGUGUGAGUGGCAUUAUAAUCCGUGUGGAUACCCCUGUAUGAAGACCUGCAAGAAUCCCUCAGGAACAUGCUCCAGUCAGAUCCCUGCACUGGAAGGUUGCUAUCCAAAAUGUCCUUCGGCCCAGCCUUAUUUGGAAGAAAGUACCAUGAAGUGUGUCAGUAAGAAGGACUGUGGUUGCUACGAUGGAGAUGGAACUCAUUACAACGAUGGAGAGGUUAUACCUUCCAAAGAGAACUGUCAGACAUGUCGUUGCUCAUCAACUGAGGUCAGAUGCAGCUAUGAUGUCCAAGCUUGCUAUUGUUUAUACAACGGCAGAACAUACCCGUAUGGAGUGACCAUAUAUCACACAACUGAUGGUGAUGGGACCUGUAUCACUGCCACCUGCAAAGAGAACGGAACUAUUGUCCGGAUUAUGUACCCCUGUCCCAGCACCCCAAUUCCAACAACUACACCAAGUGUUACAACAACACAGAUACUCACUCAAGAACCGACCACAUUUGUUUUCUCAACUCCUGCCACUACCCCAACAACAACUCCUACCACUACCCCAACAACAACACCUACCUCUACCCCAACAACAACUUCUUCCACUACCACAACCAUAACCCCUACCCCUACCCCCACAACAACCAUGACACUGACUACAACCCCUACUACUACCCCCAAAACAACCCCUACAUCACCAACACCCACUUCACCCACUACUACUCCACACUGCCUGACCAAGACUGUCUGUGAAUGGUCAGACUGGAUUAGCAAAUAUUAUCCCUCUUUUGGACCAGAAGGAGGAGAUUAUGAAACCAUAGAAAAUAUAAGGAAAUCUGGUAUUGAUAUUUGUAGCCAACCUAAGGAAGUAGAAUGCAGAGCCACAGAAAACAUCUAUGUUCCAUUGGCCGAACUCGGUCAAAAUGUUGAAUGCAAUCCCUCAGUUGGACUGAUAUGCCGCAACAAGGAUCAAGGCAAGAUACCAAUAUGCUACAACUACGAGAUAAGAGUCAGAUGUUGUGUUGAUGUUGUUGAUGCUUGUAGCAAUGGGACAACGACCACCUCAGUCAGGCCUACAACAACCAUUACAACAACAACUGCUACCACUACCCCAACAUCAAGACCAACAACUACCCCAACAACUACCCCAACAACUACCACAACUACCCCAACAACAAAACCUUCAACUACCCCAACCACAACUCCUACCACUACCCCAACAACAACUCCUACCACUACAACAACCAUUACCCCUACCCCUACCCCCACAACAACCAUGACACUGACUACAACCCCUACUACUACCCCCAAAACAACCCCUACAUCACCAACACCCACUUCACCCACUACUACUCCACACUGCCUGACCAAGACUGUCUGUGAAUGGUCAGACUGGAUUAGCAAAUAUUAUCCCUCUUUUGGACCAGAAGGAGGAGAUUAUGAAACCAUAGAAAAUAUAAGGAAAUCUGGUAUUGAUAUUUGUAGCCAACCUAAGGAAGUAGAAUGCAGAGCCACAGAAAACAUCUAUGUUCCAUUGGCCGAACUCGGUCAAAAUGUUGAAUGCAAUCCCUCAGUUGGACUGAUAUGCCGCAACAAGGAUCAAGGCAAGAUACCAAUAUGCUACAACUACGAGAUCAGAGUCAGAUGUUGUGUUGAUGUUGUUGAUGCUUGUAGCAAUGGGACAACGACCACCUCAGUCAGGCCUACAACAACCAUUACAACAACAACUGCUACCACUACCCCAACAUCAAGACCAACAACUACCCCAACAACUACCCCAACAACUACCACAACUACCCCAACAACAAAACCUUCAACUACCCCAACCACAACUCCUACCACUACCCCAACAACAACUCCUACCACUACAACAACCAUUACCCCUACCCCUACCCCCACAACAACCAUGACACUGACUACAACCCCUACUACUACCCCCAAAACAACCCCUACAUCACCAACACCCACUUCACCCACUACUACUCCACACUGCCUGACCAAGACUGUCUGUGAAUGGUCAGACUGGAUUAGCAAACACUAUCCCUCUGUUGGACCAGAAGAAGGAGAUUUUGAAACCAUAGAAAAUAUAAGGAAAUCUGGUAUUGAUAUUUGUAGCCAACCUAAAGAAGUAGAAUGCAGAGCCACAGACAACAUCUAUGUUCCUUUGGCCGAACUGGGUCAAAAUGUUGAAUGCAAUCCCUCAGUUGGACUGAUAUGCCGCAACAAGGAUCAAGGCAAGAUACCAAUAUGCUACAACUACGAGAUCAGAGUCAGAUGUUGUGUUGAUGUUGUUGAUGUUUGUAGCAAUGGGACAACGACCACCUCAGUCAGGCCCACAACAACCAUUACAACAACAACUGCUACCACUACCCCAACAUCAAGAACAACAACUAUCCUAACAACUACAACAACUACCACAACUACCCCAACAACAAAACCUUCCACUACCCCAACAACUACCACAACUACCUCAACAACUAAACCUACAACUGCCCCAACCACAACUCCUACCACUACCCCGACAACUACUACAACUACUUCAACAACUAAACCUACCACUACCCCAACAACAGCUCCUACCACUACCCCAACAUCAAAACCUACCACUACCCCAACAACAUCUACUACAACUACUUCAACAACUAAACCUACCACUACCCCAACAACAACUCCUACCACUACCCCAACAUCUACUUCAACUACUUCAACAACUAAACCUACCACUUCCCCAACAACAACUCCUACCACUACCGCAACAACAACUCCUACCACUACCUCAACAACAAAACCUACCACAACCCCAACAUCUACUACAACGACUUCAACAACUAAACCUACCACUACCCCAACAUCUACUACAACUACUUCAACAACUAAACCUACCACUACCCCAACAACAGCUCCUACCACUACCCCGACAUCAAAACCUACCUCGACCCCAACAACAUCUACUACAACUACUUCAACAACUAAACCUACCACUACCCCAACGUCUACUACAACUACUUCAACAACUAAACCUACCACUACCCCAACAUCAAAACCUACCUCUACCCCAACAACAUCUACUACAACUACUUCAACAACUAAACCUACCACGACCCCAACAUCUACCACAACUACUUCAACAACUAAACCUACCACUACCCCAACAACAGCUCCUACCACUACCCCAACAUCAAAACCUACCUCUACCCCAACAACAUCUAAUACAACUACUUCAACAACUAAACCUACCACGACCCCAACAUCAAAACCUACUACUACCCCAACAUCUACUACAACUACUUCAACAACUAAACCGACACCUACCCCAACAACAACUCCUACCACUACCCCAACAUCUACUACAACUACUUCAACAACUAAACCUACCACUACCCCAACAUCUACUACAACUACUUCAACAACUAAACCUACCACUACCCCAACAUCAAAACCUACCUCUACCCCAACAACAUCUACUACAACUCUUUCAACAACAAAACCUACCACUACCCCAACAUCAAAACCUACUACUACCCCAACAUCUACUACAACUACUUCAACAACUAAACCGACACCUACCCCAACAACAACUCCUACCACUACCCCAACAUCUACUACAACUACUUCAACAACUAAACCUACCACUACCCCAACAUCUACUACAACUACUUCAACAACUAAACCUACCACUACCCCAACAUCAAAACCUACCUCUACCCCAACAACAUCUACUACAACUUCUUCAACAACUAAACCUACCACGACCCCAACAUCUACUACAACUACUUCAACAACUAAACCUACCACUACCCCAACAUCUACUACAACUACUUCAACAACUAAACCGACACCUACCCCAACAACAACUCCUACCACUACCCCAACAUCUACUACAACUACUUCAACAACUAAACCUACCACGACCCCAACAUCUACUACAACUACUUCAACAACUAAACCGACACCUACCCCAACAACAACUCCUACCACUACCCCAACAUCUACUACAACUACUUCAACAACUAAACCUACCACUACCCCAACAUCAAAACCUACCUCUACCCCAACAACAUCUACUACAACUACUUCAACAACUAAACCUACCACGACCCCAACAUCUACUACAACUAGUUCAACAACUAAACCUACCACUACCCCAACAACAGCUCCUACCACUACCCCAACAUCAAAACCUACCUCUACCCCAACAACAUCUACUACAACUACUUCAACAACUAAACCUACCACGACCCCAACAUCAAAACCUACUACUACUCCAACAUCUACUACAACUACUUCAACAACUAAACCGACACCUACCCCAACAACAACUCCUACCACUAUCCCAACAUCUACUACAACUACGUCAACAACUAAACCUACCACUACCCCAACAUCUACUACAACUACUUCAACAACUAAACCGACACCUACCCCAACAACAACUCCUACCACUACCCCAACAUCUACUACAACUACUUCAACAACUAAACCUACACCUACCCCAACAACAUCUCCUAACACUACCCCAACAACUAAACCUACCACUACCCCAACAUCUACUACAACUACUUCAACAACUAAACCUACCACUUCCCCAACAACAACUCCUACCACUACCGCAACAACAACUCCUACCACUACCUCAACAACAAAACCUACCACAACCCCAUCAUCUACUACAACUACUUCAACAACUAAACUUACCACUACCCCAACAACAAAACCUACCACUACCCCAACAUCUACUACAACUACUUCAACAACUAAACCUACCACUACCCCAACAACAGCUCCUACCACUACACCAACAUCAAAACCUACCUCUACCCCAACAACAUCUACUACAACUACUUCAACAACAAAACCUACACCUACCCCAACAACAUCUCCUACCACUACCCCAACAACUAAACCUACCACUACCCCAACAUCUACUACAACUACUUCAACAACUAAACCUACCACUUCCCCAACAACAACUCCUACCACUACCGCAACAACGACUCCUACCACUACCUCAACAACAAAACCUACCACAACCCCAACAUCUACUACAACUACUUCAACAACUAAACUUACCACUACCCCAACAACAAAACCUACCACUACCCCAACAUCUACUACAACUACUUCAACAACUAAACCUACCACUACCCCAACAACAUCUCCUACCACUACCCCAACAACAAAACCUACCACUACCCCAACAUCUACUACAACUACUUCAACAACUAAACCGACACCUACCCCAACAACAACUCCUACCACUACCCCAACAUCUACUACAACUACUUCAACAACUAAACCUACCACUACCCCAACAUCUACUACAACUACUUCAACAACUAAACCUACACCUACCCCAACAACAUCUCCUAACACUACCCCAACAACUAAACCUACCACUACCCCAACAUCUACUACAACUACUUCAACAACUAAACCUACCACUUCCCCAACAACAACUCCUACCACUACCGCAACAACAACUCCUACCACUACCUCAACAACAAAACCUACCACUACCCCAACAUCUACUACAACUACUUCAACAACUAAACCUACCACUACCCCAACAACAGCUCCUACCACUACACCAACAUCAAAACCUACCUCUACCCCAACAACAUCUACUACAACUACUUCAACAACAAAACCUACACCUACCCCAACAACAUCUCCUACCACUACCCCAACAACUAAACCUACCACUACCCCAACAUCUACUACAACUACUUCAACAACUAAACCUACCACUUCCCCAACAACAACUCCUACCACUACCGCAACAACGACUCCUACCACUACCUCAACAACAAAACCUACCACAACCCCAACAUCUACUACAACUACUUCAACAACUAAACUUACCACUACCCCAACAACAAAACCUACCACUACCCCAACAUCUACUACAACUACUUCAACAACUAAACCUACCACUACCCCAACAACAUCUCCUACCACUACCCCAACAACAAAACCUACCACUACCCCAACAUCUACUACAACUACUUCAACAACUAAACCUACCACUUCCCCAACAACAACUCCUACCACUACCGCAACAACAACUCCUACCACUACCUCAACAACAAAACCUACCACAACCCCAACAUCUACUUCAACUACUUCAACAACUAAACCUACCACGACCCCAACAUCUACUACAACUACUUCAACAACUAAACCUACCACUACCCCAACAUCAAAACCUACUACUACCCCAACAUCUACUACAACUACUUCAACAACUAAACCUACCACUAACCCAACAACAGCUCCUACCACUACCCCAACAUCAAAACCUACCUCUACACCAACAACAUCUACUACAACUACUUCAACAACUAAACCUACCACGACCCCAACAUCAAAACCUACUACUACCCCAACAUCUACUACAACUACUUCAACAACUAAAACUACCACUACCCCAACAACAGCUCCUACCACUACCCCAACAUCUACUUCAACUACUUCAACAACUAAACCUACCACUACCCCAACAACAGCUCCUACUACUACCCCAACAUCAAAACCUACCUCUACCCCAACAGCAUCUACAACAACUACUUCAACAACUAAACCUACCACAACCCCAACAUCAAAACCUACUACUACCUCAACAUCUACUACAACUACUUCAACAUCUAAACCUACCACUUCCCCAACAACAACUCCUACCACUACCCCAACAACAACUCCUACCACUACCCCAACAUCAAAACCUACCACAACCCCAACAUCUACUACAACUACUACUUCAACAUCAAAACCUACCACUAACCCAACAACAUCUACUACAACUACUUCAACAUCAAAACCUACCACUACAACAACAACUAAUACAACUACCCCAACAACACAACCUACUACUAACCCAACAACGACUGCAACUACUUCAACAAAUAAACCUACCACUACCCCAACAAAUACUACUACCCCAACAUCAAAACCUACCAUUACCCCAACAUCUACUACAACUACUUCAACAACUAAAUCUACCACUACCCCAACAACUACUGCAAAGACUUCAACAACACCCACUACAAUUUCUUCAACAACUAAACCUACCACAACCCCAACAACAUCUCCUACCACUACCACAACAUCAAAACCUUCUACUACCCCAACAACUACUGCAACUACUUCAACAACAACUACUACAGCUACUUCCACAACUAAACCUUCCACUACCCCAACAACAACUACUACAACUACCCCAACAACAAAACCUACUACUAACCCAACAUCAACUGCAACUACUUCAACAACUAAACCUACACCUACCCCAACAACAAAACCUGCCACUACCCCAACAGUUACUACAAUCACUUCAACAACUAAACCUUCCACAACCCCAACAACAUCUCCUACCACUACCCCAACAACUAAACCUACCACUACCCCAACCACAACUACAACUACUUCAACAUCAAAAACGUCCACUACCACAACAACUUCUUCAACAACUAAACCUUCCACAACCCCAACAACAUCUCCUACCACUACCCCAACAACUAAACCGAGCACUACCCCAACAUCAAAACCUUCUACUACCCCAACAACUACUGCAACUACUUCAACAACUAAACCUUCCACUACCCCAACAACAACUACUACAACGACCCCAACAUCAAAACCUACCACUACCCCAACAACUAAACCUACCACUACCCCAACAACAGUCUUCAUUGUCGUCACAAAUCCACCAUAUACACCCGCACCUCAAGUGCAAAAUACAACUUUGACCAUACAGACAGAAAAAACUAUGACAUCAAACCCUACCACAACCCUUAUCACUACCCCAACAACAACCCCUACCACCACCCCAACAACAAUCCCUACCACCACUCCCACAACAACCCAUACCACUACCCCAACAACAACCCCUGCCAAUACCCCCAAAACAACCCAUAUCACUAUCCCAACAACCCCUACCACUAUCCCAACCCCAAAUCCUACCACAUUAUGUUUUUGCACAUAUAAAAAUCUAAAUUUCCCUGCUGGUUCCUUGAUAUAUAAUGAGACUGAUGGGGCAGGCUGGUGUUUCACCUCUUACUGUAACUCAAGUUGUGUUGUUGAGAAACAAGCCAGACCAUGUCCCUCUACGACCCCAGCUACAGUCAGCACUGUCUCAGCUACAGUCAGCACUGACUCAACUACAGUCAGCACUGUCUCAGCUACAGUCAGCAAUGUCUCAACAACAACAGAAGCUACACAUUCUACAACAUCUACAUUGUCCUCGACUACACCUUACAAGGGCUGUGAAUAUGUCAUUCCACCAAGAAAGGAUGGAGAGACUUGGAAGACAGACAACUGCACUACUCAGACUUGCCACAGAGGUGUAAUUACCACCACGCCUGUGGACUGUAAGUCUGUAGAAAAGCCUGUGUGUGAAAAUGGAUACCCACCAGUGAAAGUCUAUGACGAAUCAGGUUGCUGCUAUCACUACGAAUGUGAAUGUAUAUGCUAUGGAUGGGGAGACCCUCAUUAUGUCACAUUUGAUGGCCAAUAUUACAGUUUCCAGGAAAACUGCACCUACGUUUUGAUUAAAGAAAUAGUUCCUCUACAGAACUUCAGUGUCAACAUCGACAACUAUAACUGCGAUCCGUCUGGACAUGCGACCUGCCCUCAGUCUCUGAUUGUCAAUUACAAGUCUUACAAAAUCGUUCUUACUCCAAAGAGAUUAAACGUGACAACAAAUAUGGUUUACAUCAAUGGAAAUCAGAUCUUCCCAACCUUUUCUAAUGAAGACCUCAUGAUCACCAGCACUGGGGUAGAGUUACUGUUGAAGAUCCCUGCCAUUAAAGCAACAGUGAUGUUUAAGUCCCUUAUGUUCAGUGUGACCCUGCCAAACUCCCUAUUCCACAACAACACAGAGGGGCAGUGUGGUACCUGUGACAAUAUCAGGAAAAACGAUUGCAGAUUACCGAAUGGAAAGAUUGACCCAUCAUGUCCUGGGAUGGCUCAUGAAUGGAAGAUUCCUGAUGUUAAAAAACCCUACUGUGAAUGGCAACCCCCUACCCCACCCCCUACCCUACCUACCCCACCUACCCCACCUACCCCUAAGCCUCCAACCUGCCCGUCAGGAAAGACAUCAAUCUGUGACAUCAUACUUAGCCCGGUCUUUAAGCAAUGCCAUGACGUUAUCCCACGUCAACCCUUCUUCGAGGCCUGUAAGUUUGAUGUCUGCCACAUGCCAAAUAUCUCAAUCGGCUGCUCCAGCCUGGAAGCCUACGCUGUUAGGUGUGCAGCAGCUGGAGUCUGUAUCGACUGGAGGACAUCAACUAAUGGAACAUGUGAUCUGACAUGCCCUAAGACCAAAGUGUAUAAGGCAUGUGGCUCUACUAUCCAGCCAACAUGCAAUUCAAGAUACAAUGACAAAUAUGUGCAUUCAUGUCAGGGAGCACAAAUGACCCGUGACUUUGUAUGUGACUCAUUCAUGGAGGGCUGUUUCUGCCCUGAGGGUACCAUCUUGUUCAACACAUUCUCUGACACCUGUGUUCGUGACUGUGGAUGCACAGGACCUGAUGGAAAACCCAAACAGUUUGGUGAGACUUGGUACAGUAACUGCCAGAAGUGCACGUGUAAUGCUGACACACUGAGUGUCCAGUGUGAACCAGUGAAAUGUCCGCCCCAAGAAAUUGUUACCUGUAAGAAGUACGGUGAGGUGUUGGUCAACGAGACGGUGGACUGCUGUCAGAUAAAUACAUGUGUGCCCAAACCUGUUUGUGUCCACAACAAUACUGAAUACACGCUUGGGGAGUUUUGGUCGCCCCCUAGUGACCGCUGUGUGAAGUAUGAAUGCACAAAGACAAACAGCCAGUUCAUCGUUGUGGAAUCCAAAAUGAAAUGCCCAGUGUUCCGUCCAGAGGACUGUGUCCCUGGAACUGAGAAAACUGAUGCAAACGGAUGUUGCACAACCUGCACUUUAAUCAGUCACUGUGAUGUGAAGAACACCACCACCUACCUUGAGGUGAAUAACUGCAGGUCCUCUGUGCCGGUGGAAAUCUCAGCCUGCCGGGGAUCCUGUGGAACGUCUUCUAUGUACUCUGCAGAGAAAAACACCCUGAUGCACUCUUGCUCCUGCUGUCAAGAGAUGUCGACCAGUGAGAGGAAGGUGGAGAUGGUCUGCCCUGAUGGGAAGAAGAUCAUGCAGUCCUACAUUUACAUUGAUAAGUGUGGCUGCCAUGACUCUGAGUGUGACAAGAAGAACCACUUAGAUUAGGCUUUGAUGAAUGAAGUCUUUUGAAGUGUUCUUAUUUACCUGCAUGGAAUAUUCAAUAGUUUUAUCUAAAGGGAACCAAUAGGGUCUGUCUCAUUAUCAUAUAGGCUACUUUCAUGAACUGUAUGUUCUUUCUCUCUACACUAUCAUAGACAUUAUGCAAACCUAUUAAACUGAUGAAGAAGCAUGAA